ACAUUGUACGUACAUAUAUAUAUAUAUAGAGAGAGAUAUAGAUAUAGAUAUAUACAAUCUUUUGAAGAAAAAAGAGUUCAGAGUUUCUCACUGGGCCUUCUUGCCAACCCCACGUAAAUUUUGUUCCAUCAGUGGUGCUGAGUCUGUAAAUUGCCCACUCAGUGAGGCUUCCGUUGGCUGCUAUUAACGGACCCCAGUCCACAUACCAUACCUUGAUGCUUUCCUUAGUUACCUGCAUGUCAGAACAGGCUUUGGGGAAGUUUUGAGCCUGUCUCCUUUUAUCUCCUGCCUCUGACCAGGACAGAUUCUGGGCCAUCUGAUUCACCUCCCACUGACAUGGGAGUGUCAUCCCCAGAACCAGCUAGCAACAAUGCCAAGGGAACUAGCCAUCCUCCUUGGGUAACAGGCUCCAGGCUGGUUGCUCUUGGUCUCAGUUGUUUAAAGGAGCCCAAACCUUGGACAAGAUGGACAUCUCUCUCUCACUGAGCCCGAGCUCUUCCUUUCAUAAUGGCGUCAGACCAGGCUGAACAAGGGCUAGAGUUUUUCACUGCAAAGUCAGUGAAAAAGUGAUCACACCUGUCCUGCUAUGAGGCCCAUCUGAGACCCUGAAUUCAGGGAAAUGCUCCCAUCCAAGGUGCUUGCAGCCUUCCUGGAUAAGAGGGCAGAACUCCACCUUUGGCACAUCUCCCAGCCCUGGCUUAGUUGCUUGGCAACAGCUCUGUGUCUGAGAGUGAGGAUACACUAUGGCAGCCAAGAGGAUACUGGUGUAUCGAAAUGGGGACCCCUUCUUUCCAGGCCACCAGCUGGUGGUGACCCAACGCCGCUACCCCACCAUGGAGGCUUUCCUUUAUGAGGUGACAUCAGCUGUGCAAGCCCCACUGGCUGUACGUGCCCUCUACACACUUAGUGAUGGCCACCCUGUCACCAACCUGGCUGACUUACAGAACGGAGGGCAGUAUGUGGCUGCUGGCUUCGAACGAUUCCACAAGAUCCACUAUUUGCCUCCUGGAAGGAAAUACCCAGGUGGGAAGAACAGGCAACAACAUGAGUCUCCCAUAUCUCAGCGCCCAUGUGAUGGGGCCUUUGGACAGUGGUUGCCAGCAGACACCCUCUGCUAUAUCCAUGUGUUCAGGAACGGGGACCUGCUAAGUCCCCCCUUUAGUCUGAAGCUGUCCCAGACUGCCAUCCAGGACUGGGAAGUGGUCUUGAAGCUACUGAAUGAGAAGGCUACGGUACAGAGUGGGACUGUACACAAACUCUGCACCCUCGAGGGGCUCCCACUGUCCACAGGGACUGCUCUGGUGAAUGGCCACUACUAUGUGGCCGUUGGAGAAGAAGAGUUCAAAGCCCUCCCAUAUAUGGAGCUGCUGGUGCCCAGCCCCUCUCUGUCCAGGGGCUGCUGGUGUCCUCCAGGCCUUAAGUACAAAGCCCACAGGCAGAGGGUCCAGGGCCACAAGGCCCAGGCAGCCCAGCCUUCUCCAAAGGAGUCCAGAGAAACUAAGCCAUCCGUUUUCUAUGCCAGAUCCCAGCAGUCCCUUCAGCCAUGGAGCAAGCUCCCUCCUCUCUCAUUUGCAUCAGGAGUUAAGGGAGUCUAUGGGGCUCCGUACCCGAGGAAGGAGACAGCUGGGGCUCAGGAAGUAGAUGAGGAUGAAAACACCUGCAGAGAGGAACCUGUGGAUCAGAGGGCAGCAGAGACAGUAGAAGAGGCUUUGUCUGCGCAACACCAGCCUGGGCCUGAAGCUGUAGCCCCAACCUCCACCCAUACUCCACCAUCUUAAGUGCUGGGAGCUUCAGAUAGAAACUUCGGACAACCACUCCCAGUCACCUCUAGUCCCCAGCCCUCAGCAAUGUGUUCUGGAGAAGCCACACCUCCUGGGCUCACAGUAGGUGUGGCCUCCUCACCCCUCCUCAGUCACAGGCGAGCAAGUUCUAUGGAAGCUACUUCCUUAUGUGACCCCUGCUCAGGAGCAGGCUCAUUACAAUAAAAUAUUUGCUAAGCUUU